CGUUUUUAACAUAUCCUGUUGACAAGAUUCAGUGAUAUCCAUCCCCCCUGCUCCAGUUCCUGCCACUGCACAGCUUGUUUCUGUCCAGUCAGCCCGUAUGCUUAGGAAAGCCAGCACAGUACGGUGAAAAUGCCUUUGGCCAGAGACCUCCUCCACCCUUCUAUUGAGCACGAGAGAAGACAACAUAAAAAGAAAAGACUUGUCCAGAGUCCUAACUCUUACUUUAUGGACGUCAAGUGCCCAGGCUGCUACAAGAUCACCACCGUGUUUAGCCAUGCACAGACAGUGGUGCUCUGCGUGGGAUGCUCAACUGUGUUGUGCCAGUCAAAGGGAGGAAAAGCCAGACUGACAGAGGGUUGCUCUUUCAGGAGGAAGCAACAUUAAACAGAUUGUACACGUUAUGUCUGUAAUUAGGCCAUGCUGUUCAUUUCCAUGGAUUACAAUUUAGUUGUACAUUCACUGACAGGUUCUGUCAAUGUACAUAUGUCCAACUUAUGAUAAAUUUAUAGACCAGCAACAAUUUUAAAUAUGCAAGAUACUUCAAGUAAAAUCUCAUCAAGUAAAUAAAGAAAAAUGUAAGUUGAA